AUGACCAAGACGGCGAGCGCAAAGCGCAAGCGCGCCGAGAGAGAAGCCCUCAAGGCCGCCGAAUCCAACAAGCGCGCAAAGAACUCCCACAAUGCCUUGGCCGACGGCAGCAAUACCCCCGACUCGAACGAUGCCGCCGAAGGUACCAAUGCCGUGAGUGGCCCCAGGCUGCCCAAGAUGCUCCAAGAGAAGAAGCUCUUUGUCGAGAACUCCACCGGCAAGGACCGCGUGCGCGAGGCCAAGCUCUACGACCUCCUCAGCAGCGAGAACGAAUUGGACCGCCUCGAGGCCGCCGGCGCCAUCAUCUCCAGCCUCCUCGACGGUGAGGGCGUGCCCGAGGCCGUGCUUCAGCGCCAUCUCGACUGGCGGUUGUUCCGCGGUCUCGCGAGCGGGAGAGCGGCGUCGAGGUUGGGAUACAGCGUCGUCCUGACGGAGAUUCUGAGCCAGCUCCUCGGCCCGCCAAGGAACCUCAGCCGCGACAAGUACCCUGGCCUGACCUUCGAAAAGGUUCUUGACAUGCUUUUGGAGAGGACGCACGUCGGUGGUAACAUGCCGGGCCAGGAGGAGCGGGACCUGUGGUUCGGCCAGCUGUUUGGGCUCGAGUGCUUCGUGCGCGCGAGGGUCUUGUUCACCCCCGAAGAGGGCCCCGAGAGGUGGAACGAGGUGCUGAGGCUACUGGUGAAGCUGGGGAACAAGAAGGUCUGGCUGCGACCACAGUGCGGGUGGGUCGUGGCCCAGGCGCUGGCGCAGCUGGACCGGAGCCGCGUUGAGAUGGUCCUGCAGCAGCUCGUCGAGCUGGGCUGGGCCAAGACCCCCGAGGGCGUGGGCAUCUGGCUUGUCGCAUUCGAGCAGUGUCCCGAUCUGAGCAGCGGCGAUCAAUCGAAACACCACCACCCUCUCUCGUCGAGGAACCUGGGCGAGCUUGCGGGUAUUCUGAAGGAGAGUGGCCAGGACGACGUGGAGAAGCAGCAGAAGCAGCAGCAGCAGCAACACCAGCAAAGAAGAGGGGGCAGCUUCAGCAAGAACAAGCAGGCCAACUGGACCCCUCAGCUGCACUUUGUUUGGGAUCUGAUUGUGCGCCACUUCUUGCGCAGGGGACCUGAGCAUGUUGACGAGUUCCGGGCGUUCUGGAAGCGGGUUGUUGAUGGCAAGUUCUCCUAG